CUCCUUCACGCUGCUGACAAGCAUUCGAAUCUCUCCUUGCCACUUAAGCUCGGAAGUGCGAUUCUUCAGCAACUUCCAUGGCGCGAAAAACUCUCUGUUCGCCUUUAUCAGAAGAGCGAGGGAUCCUAUUACCGACUUUAAUGAAAGAGCAGGUGAGAGGAGAAAGAGAUUCUAAUUGCAGAGAAAAACAGAGCAAAGAUCGAUUCAUAUCAACAUUGGAGGUUCGAAUUCGAGUGUUCAUCUUGCCCUAGAAGGAAAACAGCACCGCGAGAUUUGUUCAUCAGAGCAGACAUUUGAUUUUUUCUGUGAAUUUUAUCCUCCUAAAUCUGAAAUGGGCCACGAUAACGAUCCGAACAUAGAUGAAGGCGGAGAGGCGCUCAUGGAUUCAUAUGGCGUUCAUUCGGAUAGGCAGCCCUCCCAUUACACCGGAAAUCAAUUUGACAUUGAAAGCGGCCACGAAUGGCGUAUUGAACCGUCGCCCACACCGGCGCCUGUUGAGAACAAGCUCGGAAAGCAGAGGAAGAGGUUGGUCAAGAAGAGCGCUGCAGAGAGCUUAUCCGAGCGUAGCGGGAACCCAGCCGGACAGGCGUUUGGUGGUGAUGAAUUGAACGAUUGGAAUGAGGAGGAACCGGUGAAUAAAAGAAGGUCGUCUUCAGGAGAGAAAGGGAAGGAGUUGUGCGUAAAGAUGAAGAGCAAAGUGUUAUCGAAGGAAAGCCAAGUUGGUGCAAAAGCAUCCUCUUCCAGAUCAAAGGGUUAUGGAGUUGGUUCAGCUGAUCAUGAAAUCGAUCCUGAGCUGCACGAAUUAUGGAACAAUGUCGCCGGUCAUGAUUUAGAGAAUAGAUCAAUAUUCAACAAGCGCACUAGAAAUGAAGACCUGCGGAGUUAUGAGGAUGAGAGAAUUUCUUAUAGGAGGAAAAAGUUACAUCAGGCUUCUCUUAGAGAAUGUGCUUCUCUGCCAGAAACAUUACCAUUGGAUUUUGUUGUGCAUCCGCCAUCAAAAGUAAAUUGGGAAGAAGUACGUGCACGAACUAUUAGAGCAGCUAUGAAAGCUAAGAAAGAUAAGAUGCGUCGAAAGCGUCGACGACCAUUUGAUCCACUAAUUGCUCAAAGGAGGCGUCCUUUGUUUAAAGUGCAAUCUUCAGCGUACUAAAGAACCAAGUUUAAAAAUGAGCUUUUAUAUUUGAAGAUUUACACUUGAUUGUUAUACACACACACAAAUGUUGACUUAGGAUCAUC